GUCACAAGAAGCAUUGUUUGGUGGUAUUCAGAAACAACCACACAAAGCACCACCACCAGCGAGAUGAGAACUUAACGCAGGUCUCAUAGAUCAUUUUACCAGAAAGGCUCACAACAUCAGCAGGACUAUCUGGAAAGACUAAGCUACUUAUGUAUUGCUUGCCUGAAUGGUAAGUGUUGUGUGGAGUGGUCCAAGUGAGGUGAUUUCUGUUACCCUGUAGUGAAGAUGUCAUCAGUCUAGUGGUACUUUUGGACCUGUCUGUAUUGUAAGAAUGAUUCGUAUGAAGAGGAAGGCAUUGACUGCCCUGUUGGUUUUGGGAGCCUUUCCAGUGUUCUUACUUCUCUACCUAGCUUUGAGCACAGAUGAUUCGUUUGAGUCUUCUGGGGGAGCUUCUACAGGCCUCAGUAAAUUGGAGAGUAAGCUUGCUCAGAGAGUUAGAGAUAUGGAGGAGCAGAACAACGCUCUGAGAAAGCAGCUCAGUGUAUCGAGGAAUCAGUUGCUGAGCCUGCAGAUGAGCAUGUCUGUGGAAAACGAGACAGGUGAAGGGGGUAAGACACCCAACAGAACCCGAGUCUGGUGUCUGAACAAAGAGCCAGAAGUGCCCAAGUGUGAGAUCAUUCAUGUGUCCAUUGUCUGUGCCGGUCACAACUCUACACGAGAUGUUGUCACGUUACUAAAAAGCAUUCUUUUUCAUCGGAAAAACCCUCUUCAUUUUCACUUCAUAUCCGACAGUAUUGAGCAAAUCCUGGAGACUUUGCUCAAGACCUGGGGAGUGCCAAGUAUGCAAGUUAGUUUCUACCCAGCUAAUGAUGUUAAGCCAACUGAAAAUGGCAAGUUCAACAAUGUGAUUGCAUUAGAACUUAAACCUCUUCAGAUAAGGAUUUCACCUUUGCGAGUUUUGUACCGCAACUCUCUGUUGCGUCGAGAGUUGUUUGGUUGUACCCCGGCUAACCACACAGGCAUAAUGGCUGACCAGUCUGACGAUGUGAACAAGGAUGAUGAAUGUUUUGACUUCCGUCGUGAGCGUAUCCUGAUGCACCGCACCCACAUCUACUACCUGGACUACAGCUACGAGACUACAGAGGAUGACGUGACACUGGUGGCUCAGCUCAAUGACCGCCUACAGAUGUUAGAGACAAUCUGUAAACACUGGGAGGGUCCCAUCAGCCUGGCCCUCUACAUGUCGGAUGCAGAGGUCCAGCACUUCCUCCGCUAUGCCCUCAACUCUGGUGUCCUCAUGGCGCGCAAAAACGUUGGCUACCAUGUCGUCUACAAGGAUGGGCAAUUUUACCCAGUGAAUUACCUUAGGAACGUGGCACUACGCCAGGUGCACAGCCCGUAUGUCUUUCUCUCUGACAUUGACUUCCUUCCAAUGUAUGGGCUCUAUGAGUAUUUGAAGAAAGCUGUAAGCAUGAUGGCAAUGGGAGAGCAAAAGAAGGCCCUUGUAGUACCAGCUUUUGAAACUCAAAGAUACAGAUUAAACUUCCCCAAAUCUAAAGCACAACUUCUUUCCAUGCUGGAUAUGGGAUCACUUUUUACAUUCAGGUAUCAUGUCUGGCCAAAGGGUCAUGCCCCAACAAACUAUGCCAAGUGGAGGACGGCACAACGGCCUUACCAAGUUGACUGGGAGUUUGACUUUGAGCCAUAUGUGGUGCUGGACAAAGAUGCUCCUCUGUUUGAUCAUCGCUUUGUUGGCUUUGGCUGGAACAAAGUCUCACACAUUAUGGAACUGGAUGCUCAGGGGUAUGAGUUUAUUGUUCUUCCCAACGCCUUCAUCAUUCAUAUGCCCCAUGCACCCAGCUUUGAUAUCGCCAAAUUCCGGUCCAGUCCUUCCUAUAGAAGAUGCUUAAAAAUUUUAAAAGGAGAGUUUCAGAGAGAUCUGUCCAAAAAAUAUGGCAUUAAAGCACUGAAGUACUUGUCGGUGGAAUGAGACAAUGAACUGUGAUAACAAAACAUUUUACAACAUAAUGUUACUGUCUGUAUUGGGUGGUAUCCCUCCCCCAGUCAGACAGCAUACUACGCACUGUUACUGUCUUUAAUGGUUGGUAUCUCACCCCAACCAAACAGCAUACUACGCACUGUUACUGUCUGUAUUGGGUGGUAUCCCAUCCCCAGCCAAAUAGCAUACUAUGCACUGUUACUGUCUGUAAAGGGUGGUAUCCCACCCCAGCCAAACAGCAUACUAUGCACUGUUACUGUCUGUAAUGGGUGGUAUCCCACCCCAGCCAAACAGCAUACUAUGCACUGUUACUGUCUGUAAUGGGUGGUAUCCCACCCCAGCCAAACAGCAUACUAUGCACUGUUACUGUCUGUAAUGGGUGGUAUCCCACCCCAGCCAAACAGCAUACUGCGCACUGCUACUGUCUGUAAUGGGUGGUAUCCAACCCCCAGCCAAACAACAUACUAUGCUUGCUCACACUGUACAGCUUUAAUUGGUAUAGCCAAAGAUCAAGUAGUUAUAUACUUUGUAUAAAACCAUGAUGAAUAUGAACAAAUUUGAGUAAAAUUCUUGCUAGAUUCAGUAUCAGUUAUAGUUAUGUUGUGUUAGUGUUUUCAUGUACCCGUAUGUACAAUUGCUAUAAAACUCUUCAUCACUUUUAUACAAGGUGUCUGAGUACAUAAUACCAUGAGCUGUUUGUACAGCUCUGUUCAUCUUUUUUGUUAAGAGAUACUGUCAAACAGUACAAAGGUUUAUCAGAG